UACUUUGUGGGCGAUGAAGGUUUUUUCUUUUUCCUCUCGUCGCCAAUUCACCACCAAAGCUUUCUCCAAGCUCGCUACGCCAGCCCCCAGGAACCCCGCUGCCCUCACCCCUCUCCGCGCCAUGUCCACGACAACACGACGAGAAGACCCGUUCAAGCCGGCCGCACGCGUCGCUGGCCAGAAGCAGGAUGUCUGGACUAUUGUCAACGAAGCCGCCGCGGCCUCGCCUGUCCAGCCCAUCGUCAACAUGGGCCAGGGUUUCUUCGGCUACAACCCUCCCAAGUUCGUCCUCGAUGCCGCAAAGACCGCUCUCGAUACCGUAGAAUGCAACCAAUACUCGCCCACAAAAGGCAGGCCACGCUUAAAGAAAGCCAUCGCCGACGCCUAUUCUCCCUUCUUCGGCCGUACGUUGGACCCGGACAAGGAGGUUACCAUUACAACCGGUGCCAAUGAGGGCAUGCUCUCAGCCUUCAUGGGCUUCCUGGAACAAGGCGACGAAGUCAUUGUAUUCGAGCCCUUCUUCGACCAGUACAUCAGCAACAUUGAGAUGCCCGGCGGCAAGGUCGUCUAUGUGCCCAUGCAUCCACCAAAAGAUGGCGCCACCAAGACAACCUCUGCUGCCGAAUGGACGCUCGACAUUGCCGAAUUCGAGGCCGCCAUAACCCCAAAGACACGCAUGAUUGUUCUCAAUUCCCCACACAAUCCCAUUGGCAAAGUCUUCUCCAAGUCAGAGCUUCAGGCAAUUGCAGACAUCUGUGUGAAACACAACAUCAUUAUCCUCUCCGACGAAGUCUACGACCGCCUCUACUACGUCCCCUUCACCCGCGUCGCUACCCUCUCCCCUGAAGUCGCAAAGCUCACACUCACCGUUGGCUCUGGCGGAAAGAAUUUCUACGCUACAGGCUGGAGAGUGGGCUGGCUAAUCGGUCCCGAGCAUCUCAUUAAAUACGUCAGCGCAGCACACACGCGCAUAUGCUACUCACGCACACAACUUCUGGGAAGACUCCAAGCGCGAGAUGAAAGCCAAAAUGGAUAAAUUCAACGCUAU